UUCGCUGCUGGCUGUUUGCAGACGAGAAAGCUGCAAUAAGCUACAGUUCGUUAUCACCCUCAGCUAGAUUGCCCGAGGGUAAGGAUUUUAUGCCUCGGUGACCCGGGUGGGUGAUUUUGAAUGGCAGACAUAUCACGGCUAGGGUAUAGGUGAGGCAAAGAGCUGUGACAGUUUAGUCGAGGAAGCUAGAGAGCGCUACACACCAUCCCGCCGCUCAAGGAUUUAACACCGGACUGUCAAGCGUGUUCAGAAAAGUGGACUGUACGCUCAUAAACUGGAUAUUCAUUGGAUAUAUAUGUGUAUGGUAGUAUACUUUGAUGCUUACCUUUGGAUUAUCAGUGGAAACUCUCGCCAAGGACGGAAUCACACAAGUUUGAUUGCGGAUCAGGAGUGCAUGGUCUAAAUCAGCUUGAUACCAACCCAUCAACAUGUUUCGCUGGUUGAAGGACCGGAAGAAGCAGAAGAAGAACCCUAAACAGGGGGACGUGAGUGACGACUACGGUUUCCAGGCAGGCGCCAGAGACAACGACGAUAAGGUCUACCACAUCUACGAGGAGAUCCCGGACCUGCCGAGCUGUGUGUCACAACCCGGAGCAUCCAACAGUGAACUUUCCUCAAAUGUCCGAGAAACAUCGUUUUCGGAUCCUAACACUUCCUUUGACCAGUCUACAGCUUCGGUGUUUAGUGCUGAGACUCUAAGGAAGUAUAUCAUCGGAUCCCAGGACAAGGGAACGGAGAAUCCCCCAAAGAAAGAUGGGCCGUACAUGGUUGUUCCUCUUCUGAAUUCGACGGAAGAGGAGAAACCGCCACUCCCUCCACCCAAUGAGAAGAAGACCGAGUUCACAUGUGCGUUGGUUGGACGAAGGAACUCGAGUCUCUCACGAAGUACCGAGAGCGGUGUUGAGGUGUCUUACGACUCAUCGGAAUCUCUUGAAGAGGACUCCCAUUGUCUUGAAGAUAUUGAUGUGCAGGACUUGCUUGGGGAACGUCUCGUCUCAAAGUCUCGUGUGCGUAUGCAUGCGCGUGAGGCAUCCCUUGACACAAGCGACACCGGCUACGAGUACGACAUGAGUACUUCCAGUGAAAGCGAUCAAGCAAACUAUGAGUACUAUUUGAACAAAAUUGAAGAGAAUCUCAUCCACAAGUGCAAAAUCCGAGAGAUUAUUCAGCAAUGUGUUCCAGAGGAAGGAGAGUCGGAUCAUGAAUCUUUGACCACGGUGUCCAGCCUCUCCUGUUGUUCAUCAACACGGACAUGCCGAGUAGGUGGACAUCGGUCAACGGACAUCGAGUCAGACGAAGGCACCUUGGCUGACCACUCCGAAUCCGAAAAUAGCAGUGGAUAUUAUGAGACCUUCAAUGGCCCAAAAGAUAAACUUUCUCCACGGUGUGCAUUUUUGCCCUCGGGUUCAAGACCUUUAAAAUAUGACUCCAAAAUGUGCCCAAGGGAACAUUCCCACGACUCUCAUAGACAACAUUUUAUCAAGAACAAAAAGAGGACUGUGCCAAAAAAGUGCAAGCAUCGAAGUGUUGAUGCCCUGGGCUUGUGUAUUCCCAGUGCAUCCUCGGGAAAUUCUUGCAAACACAGGAGUAUUGACGCUUUGAGUUUGUGUAGUUCUCAAAAAAGUGCAUUUAAAAAGGUGAACCGACCGGAUCAGUUGGUUGGAUCAAAGAUGCAAUCCCGAAACAGUAGUGUCGGAAGGUUGCAUGGUAUAACACCAAGAGACAAUGAGCCAGCAAUUAAACUGGACUUAUACGAGCCCCUUGCUGACUCCUCCCUGUACGAUAUGGACUACGGUACAUCUAGGAGUGUGUGUUCAGUGGACUCUGAAGGACGGGAGGUAUACUCCCCUCCACCCAGUGUCAAAGACUUCUCCUCCAGGAAUACUGGUCUGCCAUCCAGAGGUUCUAUACAACGGCCAAUGGUUUCUACAAAUGUAUACAGAUCUCAAGGCAGCCAGAACCGACUUCUGUCCGACCUAAUCAUCAUGAACUAUGACAGACAGUUAUUUAUUCAUUAACGUGUUGACUUGGAUACUGUGUGUGAUACGACCGAGUUACCAGACCAUCUCAACUGGGACGAUCAACUCGCACACAAUCAACAUUCAAUCACCAGUGUCCAUUCAGCGGGAGGAGCUUUUGUUGAAGAGCAUUGGUAUACUUAAACAGACUCGUAGGACAUAAGUGCCUUAUCAUGAAUGAAAUAUUCAUGGCGUGUAAUUAUAUACACAUACGUUCAAUAAGCUGUGAAUGCUUACCGAACCUGUUUUGAUGAAGUCCCUGACUGAAAGAGUAUAUAGUGCUUUAUUCCUUCUGUUCCGUGUUCGUUGGGUUCGCCUAUUUCAUCCCUUGAGGUCGUUUACCGAUGUGAAUCCUGUUGAAAUAGGCAAAUCUCCAACGAUCUUUCUACUAACCUAAUGGCAUUAUCCGAUCUUUUACCAGACAUAAUUUGAAUACCAUGUCAAUUUACUAUGAUCCUUUUGACUCUGGAGCUUCUCAUCUUGGGGACUGCUAUGAAAAGAUCUAAUCUAAAUAUGACGACAGGGUCUGUAAACAUGUUUGUAUAAGGUCAACAAACAUCUCAUGAUCAAAUAGUGCCAUUGAUGUGGCGCCUUUACGAAGUGUUAUUGAAUGUAUUUAUGCCAUGCUAUGUUUUGAUGGGGUUUCACCUCAUGACAAUCACAAUAAAGAACAUGAAUAUAA